UCCUCCUGCCGCUGGCGUGGGCGCCCUGCCGGGCGAUGCAGCUCAGCUGGCCGGACGCGCCCGUGCCGCGCGAGGGGCCCGCGCGCGCGGCGCGCACGCCGCGGCAGGUCGAGGCGGUGCUGGCACGCCUGGACGCGGAGGCCGAGGCGGACCAGGCCGAGGCGGACCAGCGCCUGAUGCGCCUCUUCGCGGCGAGCGCCGCCAGGACCUGGAGGCUGCCCGACGGCGACUGGGCAGGAGCACCGCAGCGCUCCCCAGAGGAGGCCAUGGGUCAGGAGGACGAGAGGACGGCGGGAGCUGGGCCCCAGGAGGCCGACGGCGCUGAGGCGCAGGCGUCGCCGGAGGAGGCGAUGCGCGAGGAGCAGGCUGCAAUGGGGCCCGCGGAGUCGCCGGAGGAGGCGAUGAACGAGGAGGAGGAGGAGGAGGAAGUCGACAAGGGCAAGGGCCCCGCGAGGUCGAUGCUCCUCGGCCCUCCCGCGCGCGAAGCGGUUGAGGGCCCGGGCCGGCAGUCGCCGGAGGAGGCGAUGCAUGAUGAGGAGGGGUACGCGGCGGCGCCGAGCUCACCCGAGGAGGCGAUGCAUCAGGAAGAGGAAGGGGCCCCUGCGGAGUACGGGAAUCCGCUGGGCGAGACGGCUGACGAGCUCCGCACGAGCCAGCGAGAUGCCGAAGAGUCGUCCGCGACAGCGCUGGCCUGCUCCAGCGCGUUCUCCGGCUACGACGCCGUGUGCGAUGGCCUGGAGUUCGGGGAGUAAUUCGAAGAACAGAG